UUUUUAAAUUUUAUUAGAAUCGAUGUGUCAAUAUGAUAGCACAUCUAUUCAAUGCUCCACUUGGGGACUCCGAGACUGCCGUCGGUGUUGGAACCGUGGGUUCGUCGGAGGCGAUAAUGCUUGCCGGGCUUGCUUUCAAGAGGAAGUGGCAGAACAAGAGGAAGGCUGAGGGCAAACCCUACGAUAAACCUAAUAUAGUCACCGGAGCCAAUGUUCAGGUCUGCUGGGAGAAAUUCGCAAGGUACUUUGAGGUUGAGCUGAAGGAGGUGAAGCUUAGGGAAGGCUACUAUGUGAUGGACCCCAAGAAAGCUGUCGAAAUGGUUGACGAGAACACCAUUUGUGUCGCUGCUAUUUUGGGUUCGACCCUUAACGGGGAGUUCGAAGAUGUCAAGCGAUUGAAUGAUCUCUUGGUAGAAAAGAACAAGCUAACAGGAUGGGAUACUUCAAUUCAUGUUGAUGCAGCUAGCGGUGGAUUCAUUGCACCAUUCAUUUACCCAGAGCUCGAAUGGGACUUCCGGUUGCCACUGGUUAAGAGCAUCAACGUUAGCGGCCACAAAUACGGUCUUGUCUACGCCGGUAUUGGUUGGGCCAUCUGGAGGAGCAAGGAAGACUUGCCUGAAGAACUCAUCUUCCACAUUAACUACCUUGGAACUGAUCAACCCACCUUCACCCUUAACUUCUCUAAAGGUUCUAGCCAAGUUAUUGCUCAGUAUUAUCAACUAAUUCGCUUGGGCUAUGAGGGUUACCAAAAUGUCAUGGAGAAUUGCCGGGAAAAUAUGAUAGUGCUAAGAGAAGGAUUGGAGAAGACAGGGAGGUUCAACAUUGUCUCAAAGGACAAUGGGGUUCCACUUGUGGCAUUCUCUCUUAAGGACAAUAGGAAGCAUAAUGAGUUUGAGGUAUCGGACUUGUUGAGAAGGUUUGGAUGGAUUGUGCCGGCCUACACAAUGCCAGCGGAUGCACAACAUGUAACUGUCCUUCGUGUUGUGAUCCGAGAAGAUUUCUCCCGCACCCUUGCUGAGCGACUUGUGCUGGAUAUUGAGAAGGUAUUGCAUGAGCUUGACACUCUACCCUCCAAGAUUUCGGCUAAAUUGACAAUGGAGAAUAAAGAGAAGAAAGCAUGUCGUAAUGGAAGUGUUGUAUUGAAGAAGACCGCUUUAGAGACUCAGUUGGAGAUUACUACGGCCUGGAAGAAGCUUGUUUUGGAGAAGAAGAUUAACGGUGUUUGCUAAUAGUCCUCUCAAUGAGAUUUUUUUUCCCGGUUUUCAGUUAUCAUUUUCUCUAUUGUUAAUGCUCAUCUUUUGUGAGUCCAUAAUUGGCGUUGUUAAUUUCGAGUAAUGGAGGCUUUGUACUGUAACGAUUUUGUUUUUUUAACAUGAUUUUGGGUCUAGCACA